AAGCUUCCUAAGUUCACACUGUUUCCUUUUUGCUGGGUCCAUUUUAACUGGCCGUUACUUAGCAGCAGAAGCCAUGUUUUUGGGGUGACAUCAUGUUUUGUCGCUGGUGCUGCAUUGGUUUGCCCCCACAUGAAGCCCUGCGUCAGAUUUUUGCAGCGGGUGUGAACGUAAGAGGGGAGCGUCACGCUGGAAACAAAUACCAAAAUAAAGAUCACGUGUUGGCUCCACUUUCUCUUUUUUCUUUAAUGGCUGUAGAGAAAUACCGCCCUCUGCUGGACGACAGAGAUAUGGCAAAAAUACGAGAGCCUCCGGACUAAACCAUUCCGCAAACCAGAGGGAAAUAAAACAGAGUUUCAGUUUAUUUGUAGGUAACAUUGUGGUCUAGUUUUAGAAUAUGAGUGAAAACAGUCUAGAUGAGCUAAAGUUGAGGCAAAAAUUUAGUGAGGCUUUUUGUCUUGGCGUGUUUUGGCCCCCGCGUCCUGAGUGAAAGUGGGUCGGUCCAGUAGUGAAGGCGAAGCUGCAAAAAAGAACGAUUUGUUUUCAAGGAGAGGAAGAAGCGUCGCCGACAUCCAGCGCGGCCGCAUCGCUUCAAACAGAAACGGUUUGAACAUUUCUAACUGCUCGCUGCCCUGCCGGCCCGCCAUGGCUCUGUGCGGGGGUGUCGGAGCCUUGGCUUUACCCAGCGAGCUCAUCGUCCACAUCUUCUCCUUCCUGUCCGACCGGGACAAGCUCCGGGCCUCGGCCGUGUGUUCCCGCUGGAGGGAGUGCCUGUUCUACCCCGCGCUGUGGACCGAGCUCAAACUGCGGAUAGGCGGCGGCGGCUGUAACGGCUCCGGUUCCGACGAGGCGGCCAAGCUGGAGUUCCUCAUGCGGAAGUUCGGCUCCUUCGUGCGGGAGCUGCAGCUGGAGCUGGUGGAAGGAAACCUCAGCCCGCUGAGCAACGACCCGUCGGCCGCCAGGAUGGAGCAGCCUCCCGGCGGCCAGGAGGCGCACCAGCGGUGGAGGGACGCCAUGGCCACCUACUUGGACCAGGUGUUGUGUGUGUUCACCGGCAUCCGCAACAAUAGAAACCUGCAGAAGCUGAGUCUGUAUGGGGACACCUUCAUCCUGCAGCAGGACGGACCGCUGGACAUGUCCAGCCUGCAGCAGGUCCACCAGGGGGAGAAGAAGAUCAACGAGGUCCAGCAGCUGUUCAUGGAGCUGCUGUCCAACAGCCGCCAGCUGCGCUGGCUGUCGUGCAGCUUCAUGCUGGGUGUGGCGACGCCCUGCUCCCUCUCCUGCCUCUCCAACCCUGCAGCCGAGACGCUGCAGCACCUCAGCUUACUGGACCACCAGCUGGGCCCCCUGGUCUCCCCCUCAGAGCUGGACCGGCUCUCCAACCUUCACUCUCUGGCUCUGGAUUUCUGCGACUUCACGCCGGAGCUCUGUGGUCUGCUGGCAUCGCCGCGACGAGCUCCCCUGCACCGCCUGUCGCUGCUGCUCAACGGCGCCGCCCUGGAGUUCAAACCGUUGGAGGGCACGGCCACAGAAGACGACUGGAAGGCGCUGGUCCGGGUCAGCGCCAACCUGCGCGUUUACGUGAUGGCUCUGGAGGUGGACAGCUCGGAGCUGCUCCGCGUCCUGAAGCCCAGCCUUCCUCUGGAGCGCCUCCACCUGGACAGCUACAGCACGCUGGUGACGGACGGCGCCCUGGAGCUCAUCUCCCAGCAGUACAACAGAACCCUGACCCACUUCCUGCUGCUGAGGGACGGGCCCGGCUUCCCCGACCUCAGCGUCAACCGCAACGAGGAUCCGCUGGUGCUGCUGGCGUGGCGCUGCACCCAGCUGGCCGUCCUGGUGAUCCAUGGUUACACCGUGUGGUCCCAUAACUUGGUGGCCAUCUCCCGCCUGCGCGGCUCCAGCCUGCGCGUCCUCACCGUCUCUGAGGAGAGCGUGGACUUCGACCCGGACCAGUCCCUCUACGUGGAGGGCGACCCGGUCCACAACCUGGUGAAGGAGGUUUCUCUGGGCCUCGGCCGCGUCUGGCACCCCUGCCUGGACUCUGCCGUGGUUCUGUCUGAACCCACCCAACACUUCCACCGUGAGCUGCGCGCCUUCAGCGCCGGCGUGUAGCGGCGCCGGACGGACCAGACCAGCUGGGAACGCAGCAGACCCGAGUAAACCAUGCAGAGCUCACACUCACAGGAUCGGCUUUUAUUUUAGUUUUUAUUUCUGAUCAUUAAAUUUGCUUCAGUCUUUUUUUUUCUUUUUUGUUUUUAAUUUAGAAAUUGGAACAAAUUCCUUCAUAAGACCAGAUUUUUAACUAGUCAGCUGAAAUGACUUUGUCCAGUCUGGGCUCAUCUAGUCAGGUCUGAUCCAGUCUGGUCUGAUCUGUGCUCGGCUGAUCUGGUCUGAUCCAGUCUGGUCUGAUCUGUGCUCGGCUGAUCCGGUCUGAUCCAGUCUGGUCUGAUCUGUGCUCGGCUGAUCCGGUCUGAUCCAGUCUGGUCUGAUCUGUGCUCGGCUGAUCCGGUCUGAUCCAGUCUGGUCUGAUCUGUGCUCGGCUGAUCUGGUCUGAUCCAGUCUGGUCUGAUCUGUGCUCGGCUGAUCCGGUCUGAUCCAGUCUGGUCUGAUCUGUGCUCGGCUGAUCCGGUCUGAUCCAGUCUGGUCUGAUCUGUGCUCGGCUGAUCCGGUCUGAUCCAGUCUGGUCUGAUCUGUGCUCGGCUGAUCUGGUCUGAUCCAGUCUGGUCUGAUCUGUCCUCGGCUGAUCUGGUCUGAUCCACAGUGGCAUCAGUUCUUAUUCCAUCACCCUAACAUCCUGCGGAGCCUCUGUGUGAUGUAACUCUGAUCCCUGUCAGUUUUUUGCCCCCCCUGUGUGUUCUCUGUUUGUUUACUUCGUGGUGACCUUUCACCCCCAUGUGUUUGAUCACAGAUGCGUUGUAAUCCUGCUCAGACGCAGCAGGCUGGUGAUGGAGGCCAGGCCGACUGCUGCAGCUGCUUUUUGUUUCAGGUGGGGGUGUUAUGUUUUAUGAUCUGACUGGUUAUUGAAUGUGUUAUUUUUUGGUAUUUUAAGGUCAGAGGUCAUUUCUUGGGGCGUGUCAGGCGGUGUUACAGAGAGUUUUGUUACUUCCUGGCGAGCCUCCAGCUGAUCAGAACCAUCUGAUGUUCUGAUUUUAACUUUCACAGCCGGCCGACUAAGUUCUGGCUUUAUUCUUGACGAGUUGGGUUCCCGGCGUGUAAAACUGUUUGGACCGGGCCGGAGCAACGGCUGUGUUCUGCAGGCCCGGUUCUGAAGAGCUGGAACGCUGAAUGUAAGCUGGGCUGAGCUUCAUGCAUCACAGAUUCCUUCCUUUAUUUUUUCUGGAACCUGCAGCACAUUAAUGGUUCUGGUUGCGCCACCUCAGGGUUCGGGUUCGGGUCGGGUCGGCCUGCGGCGCCGCUGAUGCUGAUGAGUGGGAUGUGCAAAACAAUCACUUUUCUUUUCCUCUUAUGUCACAGUUGCCUUGGAAACGGCUCCACGUUCUCCGGUGUAGUAGUUUAGCUGUUGUUGUGCGUCUGAUCGGACCCUCCGGCCUGGUCCGGUCCGGUCCGAGGCCCAAAGAACCUAAUCAUACAUUUGUUUUCAACGAUUAAGGUUAACGGAGAGACUCCGCCCCUCUGACGGUGGGACGUUCUCCUAAAGAUGUCUUCAGACUGCAGAGAUCCAAAUCUGGUUCUGAACUUCCAGAACUUUACCGGCUGCAGAAAAGUCCCGGCGCCAGCAGCAACCGGGCCGUGGUUGCCAUGGUUUCCAGCUUGGUCUGGUACCUAGACUGAACGGAGCGCUGCACACUGACGGCUCCGGAUGGUUGCCAUGGUGCUCUGGUAUCAGCUGGGUGAAGGAGGUCAGAGGUCAGCGUAUUCUCCUCUCCGUUUUGUCAGAAUCUGAUUUUUGCAGCUCCGCUUUCGCUUCCUGCUGCGGUCGGCUCAGACAGGAAGUCAGACUGAGUGAAAAUCAGUUCCUGUCGUUCUGUGAGAGCAGAUCAUCGCCGACGGCCCGACUCGGCCCGGUCCGACCGGUUCUGGGUCCAGCACAAAGUAUUCUGAAAGGAGACAGCUUGUGGAGUCCCGCAGGGCUCACAGCUCGGUCCUUUGGGUUUGGGUUUGGCGGUUCUGGUUCUGGUCGGUCCGCUCCGAUCCAAUCCAAACUGCUGUGUGCCUGUAAAGUUAGUUUAAUCCCUUCUUGCAGUUUUCUGGUGCAUCCAGUGGGAGUGUGUUUAUGUGAUGCGUGGCUGAGAGGAGACCUGUGUGUGUGAUGAAAGCGUUGCCAUGGCAACAGGAACGGUUGGCUCUCAGGGCGCGAAACGGAAACGAUCUCAGGCCUGCUGCUCGUCUGUGUGAAUUACUCCGGACCCGGUUCUGUUCUGAGGAACAACCUUCACUCACGCCUCAGUGUCGCCCCCUGGUGGCGGUUUCCUCCUCCUGCUCUCUGGAACGGGUCGGUUCUGGAUCUCACAGGGAAACAAACCAAAGCGGAGCAGGAAGUGGAGGCGUGGCCAAGCAGAGUCCUUACUUCUGAUUGGCUCUCAGGGUCCGCGUCAUCAGGGGUUCUGGGCUCCGGUCUUCUUCUCCCUGUUUCUCUGUGAGGAGCGAGGCAGUGUGAACCCCCUAGGGGUCAUGGGGUCAUGGGGUCGCGGGUUCUGGCUCCAUGAAGCUGUAAACUGAUUUAGCUGCUAGGAAAGAACAUUCCACAUGAAGGACGGGGGGCUCCUUCCUAAAUAAUAUCUAUAGACAGAUGAUGCUCGCUAUAUUUUUUACCCUGAGUUGUGUGUUUGUGCAGCAGGUGGCGCUGUUCAGAGACGAUGCGUCUUCCUCCUUUAGAUCAGCUGAUUUCACGUUUCCAUCCAGACUGGGGGGGUUAUCGUUCUGACAUGUCGACCUGUUAAACUGAUCCAGGAGUUAUUAGGCGACCGUUACCGCGGUGACAGUCGCCUCUGUGUCCUGUGUGUUACAUGGAGCAGAUGUCAGGCGGGUGUGGCGUUGGCCAAUCAGAGAGCUGGCCUCUAACUCGCUGUGUCCCUCUGCUGGACCCGCUCAGCUCAGAACCAAAGUAGCAGACGGUCGGAUCUGCAGGGACGCCAGAUUUUAAGUUUCCCGUCUCUUAUCUCAGAUUCCUUUAGCUUGAAGCUGAACCGGCUCCUCCUACAGAAGCUCAGGUCAGAAGGAGCGUGCAGAGAGCUGGACUCAUGCAGGAAUGUAAAUGUGAGAAAACACUGGAUGUGCAGCAGAGGAGCUCCUCAUGCGACCCAAUGCUCUGGCGCGUUAACCUCACCAGCGGUUCUGAUGAAACUCCUCUGGACGUUAAAGGAAGUCAGAGCCAGAUCUGCUUCUGGCUGCUGAACCAAGUCCUGAUGGACUGGAGAGCCAAACGUCCGGUCAGGCGGCCAGGCCGGCCUGCUGCCCAGUCCAGCAUCACAACUAUGCAAGAGGAAUGCGUUUAAUCCAAACUUUAUUUUUCUGUUUUUAUAUUUGCUUUCCAUUCUCUCGCCAUCACAGAGCAGCAGUGUUAGAUGUGAACUAAGAGAACGUGCAAUGACAAUACUUGGCCUUACGAUGAUGAUUUCUGAGAUCUUGUAAUCAUUUUAGUCUGAAGAUGUUUUGAAGUGUGACCAGCCAACCCGGCGGCGGCGGCGGCGGCAGCGGCAGCGGGUCGCUCUUGGUCUCCGUGAGACCGGCUAGACGGCCCCCGGUUCUAUCGUGGUACGAAUGUUGUGCAUUUGUUUCAGAUCAGGACAGUUUGCAAUAACAGCAGUUUUACAAGCGGCCACAAGGGGCAGUGUUGACGGCGCCUGGCUGCGCCUUUAGAAAACCAUAGAGGAAGAAAUAGAAACUAUAUAAAGAGAUGAAUAUAUAUGAAGUCCCUCAGUGCGUAUUUGUAACGGUAUCAGCGACUCAUCGUGGUUUUUCCUCUUAUGCAACUCUUGUCCGGGUUCAGAUUCUGAACAUGAAGUUGAUUCUAAAACCACACAGACUUUGUACAUCAGACCCCAUGUUGUUGUUGUUUUGGCUUUUAUUUUUGCAGAAAUGGUUUUACUCUGAGUGUAACUUCCUGUGUGACUGUUGCUGAUGUAAGCGCUGGGUUUCUCCUUCCUCCUCCAAGCGGAGGCGCAGACCUCCUGACCCCCGACCUCCAGAACACACAGCUGGACCCGCCUCACACACAAAUCCACCCGGUCCCUCUGAAAUCUGCACAGAUCAAACUUUGAGCUCCAACAAAUGAAUCUGACCUGAGAAGGGUGCAGCUGGUUUCAGACGUCCCAGCUGGGGGUCAGGGGUCGUCUCUCCUUGCAGGGGGGGUUAGGGGGGGUUAAUGGGGAGGCGAGGGGGCAGCAGGACCUCUGAACUGACCGGGGCGGAGCAGAACGGACGGUCGGCCUGCUGGCUGUUGAUUGGAAAUGAUGCUGAAUGAAUGAUUCUCUUCUUUUAGUCAGUGAAUAAAAACAUUAAAAAGUC